AUGGACGGCACAUAUGAUUGUCCUGAAGAAGAUGAUGAAAAUAUGACUCAUAUAAAUAGCAAUGACUUAAUUAAAUUUUUAAAGAAUCAUUUUAAAUGUGAAAUAUCCGACAAAUACAUUCAUCCAGUGUAUAUUCAAAACAGAUUUUGUGAUUGUCCCGUCAAUGAUUCUACAUGGUGUGAUGAUGAAUUUGAUACGGAAAAUUAUAUUCGACUGAAUACUUCAUUUCAAACUAUUUGUGAAAGAUAUGUUGAACUUUCUCCAAUAAUCAUCGACAAUAGAAAUGAGACCGAUGAAACAGAAUGUCAACAAUGGCCAUGUAAUAAUAUUUAUACUCGUUGUGAUGGUAUAUGGAAUUGUCCGAAAGGUGAGGAUGAAAUUGGUUGUUACUCUCUUCCUGCAUUCAAUUGUUCGUCUAAUCAUCAUUUAUGUGUUUCACCUCGCACAAAUCAACUUAUGUGUUUACCUAUUGAAAAGAUUGAUGAUAACAUCAUUGAUUGUCUUGGUGCUACUGACGAGAAACUAUUAUGCACAAAUUUUCUUUUCGUAUCUCACAAUGGGUUUUUUUUGUAA